UCAAUGUUGUCGGGACGAGCGAGCAGGAAACGUUUGUUUUCGAUUCGCGCCGUACGAGUGAGAGGGCGGGUGAGAGAGAGAAAGAGUGAGAGAGAGCGAGUGAGAGAGCGAACGGGACCGGUCCGCGCGCGCGCGCGUGACGAUUCGCAUACAGCCGCGGCGCGACAAAGCGGACGAUGAAGCCGCCGGCACGUGUCGUACUCGAACUGACCGUGGCCGUGGGCCUGUUGUUGCUCCAACCGACCGGGUGCGCGGCCGACAAUCGCCAUCGCGACGAGACGACGAAGAGCACGACCACUGCGACGACGACGACGACGACGACGACGACGACGACGGACGGUGUCAACAUUCUAGAAGCUACAGAAAUCACCGAUCAAACCAUAGGCGUUAGCAUCACACGCGGUCGAUGUGUCGACGACAAGGCGUACAAACUCAACGAACGAGCCAUUUUAACCGUGAACACGUCACAGAUUUUUCCAACACUCGAACAUUUCCCUUCGGAUUUCUCAAUUAUGACCAUAAUCAGAAUCGACCCAGGUUCAAAUGUGAACACAGUUUUCCAAGUGUACAGCGAAUCUGGAAAUGAACAGUUAGGUUUGACAGUCGCAAACGAAAUCGUACUGUCUUAUAAUGACGUAGAAGUCCAAGAGGAACACAAGAGCAAUAUAAAAUUCAAUACUAACAUCAAUGAUGGUCGGUGGCAUAAACUAUUGUUCAGCAUCAAAGGCAACUCCGUUACAAUGAUUGUUGACUGCAACGAACAAGAAACACAAGAGCUCAACAGAAACACGCCAAUCAGCGAAUCAGGAUUUGUAAUGAUUGGCCAGCAACUAGACGAAACGUUUUAUGUGGGCGAAAUUCAAGAUCUAAAGUUCUACUCGACGCCUGAUGCUGCUUACGAAAUGUGCACCGGCCGGACGGAAAACUGUAUCGAGACGGAGUAUAAUGGUAAAAACGAUACGUCGACGAGCGCUAUGGGUGCAACCGCCCCGACGAACGGAUACGAAAUCGAAGAGCCCACGCCGGACGCAGACCCGUUGGAUAUCUCUACUAGGACCGUGACGUACAGCUCUGCCAGGGAAUCAAUGGACACGAAUAUUAGUCAGCCUGCCUUUGGAGUCCUAACCACUUGUACACCAGGGAUCCGUGGAUACCCCGGUCCACCAGGAGAACAAGGGCCUCAAGGUCCAAAAGGGGAUGCGGGCCGCGAUGGCAUUGACGGACUUACCGGGAUACAAGGACCUCCGGGACACGUGUUUCUAAUACCACUAAAUCAAAACCAAGGGGAUAAAGGUCCGGAUAGCCAAGCGGAAAUGUUCAGACAAAUGUUGGCACAGCAUAUGAUGUCGAUGAGAGGAAGCGAUGGACCAAUGGGCAUGACCGGAGUUGUCGGGCCAGAAGGUCCACCCGGUGUCGAGGGACCGAAAGGCGAGUCCGGCGAACAGGGCGAGGUGGGGCCAAGAGGACUUAGAGGGAUGUCCGGUCCACCGGGUCGUGACGGACACAGAGGUAGACCGGGCAGAGACGGUGAACGAGGGGUAACCGGUCCACCUGGAGUUAAAGGAGAGCCAGGAUUAACAGGAAUAAUGGGAUUACCCGGAGAAAAAGGGGAUCGUGGACUUCCAGGUCAAACCGGUGCUACAGGACCCCGUGGUAAUGAUGGACCCCAAGGAGAAGAGGGCCCACAAGGAUUAGCUGGUUUACCCGGAGAAAUGGGGCCCAGAGGAUUUUCCGGUCUACGUGGAUUCCCUGGUUUACCUGGUCCGCCAGGAGUUCCAGGAUCAGAAGGACCAGCAGGUGCUAAAGGCAACACUGGAAAUACUGGAAAUCCUGGACCACCCGGGCAAGUUGGUCCUGCUGGCCCUAUUGGUUCCACAGGGGUACCAGGAGCUUUAGGUCCUCCAGGAGACCAAGGACCUCCCGGAAAACCUGGGUUACCAGGACUACCAGGCGCUGAUGGAGCACCUGGACAUCCCGGAAAUACAGGAUCUGUUGGAGCUAAAGGAGACACGGGAAUGAUUGGUGCACCAGGUUUAGUAGGAUUUCCUGGAACUCGUGGAGUAAAAGGUGAUAUCGGAGUCCGUGGCCCAAUAGGAGAUAAAGGAGACAAGGGUGAAAGAGGAUCCGAUGGAGAAAAAGGAGAUCAAGGACUUAAAGGAGAGCCAGGAUUGGUUGGUGCAUCUGGUUUAGUUGGGAUUGAAGGUCCCGAAGGUCCAAAAGGUUCUGAAGGACCUCGUGGAGAAAGUGGAGUGAUCGGAUUACCAGGCGAAAAAGGUAAACCAGGACCAGCUGGACUACCAGGAUAUCCAGGUGCUCCUGGCGAAAAAGGCGACAAAGGAGCAUUUGGUAAAGAUGGUACACCAGGUGAAAAAGGAGAAAGAGGAAACACUGGAAUACAAGGAGAAAGGGGAGAAACUGGACCUAGAGGAUUCAGAGGUACUAGAGGACGUGCAGGAUCAGAGGGAAUUCCCGGACCAAAGGGCGAUACUGGACAACCUGGACCUCCCGGUGCAUUGGGAGAACGCGGAAUACCCGGUGCUGAUGGUUUAAGAGGAUUUGUUGGUCCUCCUGGUGCACCUGGAAUUAGCGGAAAAGAUGGGUUACCCGGAUUUCCGGGAGAACGAGGUCCUCCGGGUGACACAGGUCCAAUCGGUGUGACUGGAGUUCCUGGAGUCGUUGGACCACCUGGCCAACCAGGCGAAGCAGGUUCAGUAGGAGAGCCAGGUCCUUCUGGCCAGCCUGGUUUACCAGGAGAAGCAGGAAGACCGGGUGACGCAGGAAAAGAAGGACCUCCGGGUCCAGUUGGAUUGCCAGGAAUACGAGGAGAACCAGGAUCUCCAGGAUUGCCAGGAUUCCCAGGCGAUCGAGGAAUAGCUGGAGUACCUGGAGCAGUUGGCCUUAAAGGUGAUGCGGGACCUCAAGGUCCACCAGGAUCCACGGGAAUUAAAGGACAACAAGGAGAGCCUGGAAAAGAAGGACCUCAGGGAGCUGAAGGACGAAAAGGACCACCGGGUACACCUGGUGCAAUGGGAUUGAAAGGAGAUAAGGGCGAACUUGGGCUGGCCGGUCCAAUGGGAAACGACGGAAUGGUGGGAGCUCGAGGCGUUCCAGGUCCACCAGGACCCGUUGGACCACCAGGAGAAGACGGAGAUAAAGGUGAAAUUGGCGUACCCGGAGAAAAAGGAUUCAAAGGUUCAAAAGGAGAAAUGGGUCCGGUCGGAGCAUUAGGAAACCCUGGAUUAAGAGGUGAACCAGGAUCAGUAGGGGCACCGGGAGAAAAAGGUCCGAUCGGUGAAAUCGGCAGACAAGGAAUGAAAGGAGAAGAAGGACCAAUAGGAAUCGCAGGACAACCCGGACCACCAGGUACCCAGGGAAUCCCAGGACCAAUUGGACCAAAAGGCGAGAUCGGAGAUAUAGGAGCCAAAGGUCCCGUCGGGCCACCCGGAACACCUGGCGAAAUUGGCCCCAGAGGAUUCAAAGGUGACGAAGGACAAAUUGGUCCAACGGGUGCUGACGGGCCGGCUGGUCCAAAAGGAGAACCCGGUUUAGUCGGAGCUCCGGGUCCGCAAGGUCUGGAAGGAAAACGGGGAGACCGUGGUCCGAUGGGUAUGAAAGGCGAUGACGGGAAAAUAGGAACGCAAGGACCAAUCGGACCUAGAGGUAACCAAGGACCAGAGGGUCCAAAAGGUAAUGCAGGUGUUCCAGGAUUUCCAGGAAUACAAGGAGAACCCGGAAUCCAAGGCCCUAAAGGUGACAGAGGACGAGAUGGUGACGACGGGAAGAUAGGUGCUCCAGGACCUCCUGGUGAAAUUGGUCCUAUUGGUAAACCUGGUAUUGUGGGUCCACCAGGACGAACCGGAAAUGAAGGACCAGCGGGACCUCAAGGCAGUUCUGGUUUACCCGGAGAGAAAGGAGAUCAAGGUUUAACAGGAGGUAUUGGUUUACCGGGUCCUAUUGGAAUAUCAGGUGCUCCGGGAGCACAAGGUCCUCAAGGAAUAAUGGGUCCACCUGGUUUAGCCGGAGAAGUUGGUCAACCAGGAAGACCGGGAAAAGACGGAGAACCGGGAAAAUUUGGUGAAAUUGGACCACAAGGAGAAAAAGGAGAACGAGGAAAACGAGGACAAAAAGGCCAUCCUGGAGAAAUCGGUCCAAUGGGUAUAAAAGGCCACGAAGGCGAAAAAGGUGACAAGUGCGAACGAGGAGAUCGCGGUCCCGAAGGUCAAAAAGGAGAAACGGGUCCAGUUGGAUUACCAGGAGUCAAAGGCAACGAUGGUCCGGUCGGAGCUCCGGGCGCUGAAGGUUUGCCAGGUCCCAAAGGCAUUGAAGGAGUGGCGGGAAACAAAGGAGAACAAGGACCUCCAGGACCACCGGGACCCGCGGGACCGCCCGGAGAGUUGCCGUUACUACCACCCGAACUAGCGGACUUUCAACAAAGCGCUUUAGCCCGAUGGAAGCGAGAGCUCAACGACGUCAACACCGCCGACGACGAUGGUAGUGGUGCGAAGUCAACGACCAGGCCAACAACAACGACUAAGGAUGGUCCAAAGCUCAGUGGCGAAGGUGACGGCCCGAAAUACAUAGACAUUGUCAGCUCUAUUUACGGCAUGAGACAGGACUUAGAACGAAUUAGGAAGCCCGUCGGCACUCGCGAGAACCCCGUCAUGACAUGCAAAGAUCUAUUCUACGGGCACCCUCAGUUCAAAGAUGGGUGGUACUGGAUCGAUCCGAACUUGGGCAUGCCAUACGACGCCGUGUACGUGUAUUGUAACAUGAGUAGCGGCGGAGAGACUUGCGUGUUUCCCGACAUACACUCCAGUCAAAUGCCUAACAUACCAUGGCGAAAAGAAGCCGACAAGACGGACUGGUACUCAAAUCUACGGGGCGGUUUCAGGAUCACGUACGAAGCGGUAGGUCCGGUGCAGAUGAACUUCUUGCGACUGCUCAGCCAAAACGGAUAUCAAAACUUCACGUACACAUGCAUAAAUAGCGCGGCCUGGUUCAACUCCAAGUCUAAUUCGUACGACAUGGCGGUCAAGUUUAUGGGCGAGGAUUCGGUUCAGUUCUCGUCAGAGCCGGGAUCGCCGAAAGUGGACGUUCUGGUCGACGGAUGUAAGACAAGAAAAUCGAAAAGUGAAACCGUAUUCGAAAUUCGAACCAACAAGUUGAACAGUCUACCCCUCACAGACUUCUACCCAGUCGACUAUGGGUUGCCACACCAAGCGUUUGGUUUUGAAGUAGGACCCGUGUGUUUCAAAUGACACCCUCGUUCGCGAUAAUCGAUUUUAUGUGUUCAAACUAUUAUUAUUAUGAUAUUUUCUUUUUUAUGCUUGAUUUAUAUUAUUAAUAUUAUUGUGUAUUUAGUUUUAUCGUACGAUGAACAUUUCAAUACUCUCUAUAAAAAAAUAUAUACUUGUUUUAUUUUA